AAGACAUGUUGAUUUGUCAUGAAAGAUUGAGAGGCGAUUUUGUCAAUUCGUCAAAAGUGUUUUGUUUAGAAAGAUUUGUACAAAAUUAAAUAGUAAGUUUAGUGAUAACGUGCUGUGUACCGUGAUAAUAGUAUAAUGUUUGAUAUAUGUUUACUUAAAUAAGUUUUAUAAAAAGAAACUUUUUUUAGGACCUUCGUAGUUAUUUGAAUUCCCUUCACGGGGACGAAAUGCAAGUAAACGUGGCGGGGCUAAGGAGAAAUAUCAAGAACCUUGCGCACAACUACUCUGAUGCUCAGGUAAAAGUGCGCGAAGCAACAUCGAACGACCCAUGGGGCCCAUCCAGCACACUGAUGGCGGAGAUCGCCGACCUCACGUACAACGUGAUGGCGUUCACGGAGAUCAUGCAGAUGAUAUGGAAGCGGCUGAACGACCACGGCAAGAACUGGCGGCACGUGUACAAGGCGCUGGUGCUCAUGGAGUACCUCAUCAAGACGGGCAGUGAGAAGGUGGCGAUGCAGUGCAAGGAGAACAUAUUCGCGAUACACACGCUGAAAGACUUCCAGUACAUGGAGGAGGGGAAGGACCAAGGUCUGAACGUCCGCGAGAAGGCAAAGCAGCUGGUGCACCUGCUGAAGGACGAGGAGCGGCUGAAGAACGAGCGAGCGCGCGCGCUCAAGGCGAAGCAGCGGUUCGCUCAGAGCGCGAGCGCGUUCGGCAGCGACGGCGCGCUCGACAGGCCCUCCAGCCCCACCUACCCCGCGCUCGGCAGCGGCGGGUCGCUGGGGUCUGCGGGCGUGGCGGGCUCGGGCGGCUCCGGCGGCUCCGGCUGGUCGGGCCGCGAGGCGGAGCUGGCGCGCCCGCUCACCGCCGGCGAGGAGGAGCUGCAGCUGCAGCUCGCGCUCGCCAUGUCGCGCGAGGAGGCCGAGCGGGAGGAGAGGAGGCGGAGGUCCGACGACGUGCGUCUGCAGCUCGCGAUCAGCCAGUCGCAGAACGAUUUUCAGUCGCCCACGGGCAGCGGCGGCGCGGUGGGCGCGGCGGGCGCGAGCGCGGCCAACGGCCAGCAGUCCCACCUGCUGGACCUGCUCGACGUCACGCUGCCGCCGGAGCCCUGGCCGCAGGAGCAGAAGCAGCCGGAUACACUGGAUGUUAGUAUAUUUUCGGAUUCGAUGGACACCAGCUCAGAAGCGUGGUCCGGUGUGAACAGUCCGGCUCGUGACCCGUGGGCACCGUUGGCGGCCAACGCUAACCCUGACCCUUGGGCACCUUUGGCUCAGAGCAAAUCACCAGUGUCGGUGAUAUCGUCGCCGUCGUCGGAGCUGGAGCAGUUCGACGCGCUGUCGCAGCGGCCGCGCGACGCGCGCGCGCCCGACCCCCAGCCCGACCCCUUCGACCUCUCCGCGCUCAACGACAACGUGCCGGCCGGCGCGGGCGCGAUCAAGAAGUCGCCGUCCGCGUUCCUCGGCGAGAACUCCUCGCUGGUGAACCUCGAGCGGCUACUGCCCCCCGCGCCCAACCCCUUCGCCGCCGAGCCACCCAAGCAGAUGUUCGCGACCCCGCAGCCGCUGUCAAUCAACGAGAUAAAACAGCAGCAAAUGGGUUUAGCGCCGAACCUUGGCUUCCAGUCUUCAUCGCCAGCUUACACUUCGCCGCUGACCCUCGGCGGCAUGGCCCCACUUAACAACACAAUGGCUCCACUAAACAACACGAUGGCUCCACUAAACAACACGAUGGCUCCCCUCAACAACACGAUGGCUCCACUCAACAACACGAUGGCCCCGCUAAGCAACACGAUGGCCCCACUUAACAACACUAUGGCACCGCUGAGCAGUGCAGCCCCGUUGGGCACGACGAUGGCCCCUCUAGGCAAUAACAUGGCACCACUAGCGAAUAGCAUGGCCCCAAUCGGUUCCGGGAUGCCGCUGAGCAACUCAAUGGGGCUGGGUGCCGCGCCCCUGGGUGCCGGGCUGGGGUCCGGAGCCCCGACGGCGGACCCGUGGGCCCCGGCGAGGUCCUCGUCGCCGUGGUCCCCCCCGCCCACUAGACAUACGCCGAACCCCUUCCUGUCCUAGCCAAUAAGAGCCGCGUAGCCGCCGCCCCCGCACCGCCUCGCUUCACCCCAACGGGACUGUGCUAGAUAGAUAUAUAUAUAUUUUUAUAACUACCCCCAUCCGAUCGAAGUAGUAUUUUUGUAACAACCCGCAGUUUUUCCGUUAAACACCUCCCGGAUACGGACAAUAUCGACAAACGAAAAUUGGUUGGAUACGAAUUUUUAUUUAUAAUCUGUGGCAGCUGUAUCAACUUACUGCUCGUUAGUGCUCCGAUGACAAUCGUAAAGUUGUAGUUCGAAACUAAGCGAUAGGUCAAGCUAGAUCAUAAAUAAGUUGCCUUUAAAACUGAAUAUUUUAGGCAAAGCAGAGCAUGCGUUUGCCUUUUAUUAAUUUAUUUUUUAACAAUGGAUUUUACUGAAGUAGUUGGUUACGGUGAUAAAAAAUGGACAUGGCGUUAUUGGGUUAUCGUUUGGACGCAAAUUUAAUGAUUUUGGUUCAACGCGUUUGGAUAUAUGGGAUAUCUAGCGUUCAAUUGAGAUCAUCGCUACUUUGAUAAAAUUUGAAUAUUUGAAAGUAAAAACUGCAAUGUAUAAAAUCAAAACACGACUCGUUUUGAAUAGAAAAAUAGAAUAAAUUUCGACAGUUAAAAAUUUAACUAAUUACAACACGCAACUUUGUACGGAUACAUUGGAAAAUUAUUUAUUUGUGGAAUAUAAAAAAUCAAGGAAAAACUGUCAAAGAUGGAAAAAAAAUGUUGAGGAAAAUGCAAUAAUUUUUUUUUUUGUAAUAAACAUUUCUCUAUUAACUAAAUAUGAACGUAUCAGGUGCUUUGUUGCCUGCUUGUGCAGCUGUAACAGAUUUUUUAUUCAAUAUUUUUCGUUAACACUCGAAAGUUACACGAGUGAAUAAGUAAAACAUAACAAAAUUGCCUUAUAACUUCAACAAAAUGGGAAACUGGCAACACCAAUCUGUAUUUUAUUUAAGGAACGACGUUAUAGGGUUGUCAGAGCUGAGGUCGCAGUGUUACCGUGUAUAAAAAAUGCUGGUCUUAAAAUACAUAUGGGAAUUAAAAACUAAAGGUUGAAGGAAAAAAAUACAUUGCCGAAAAUUUUUAACCAAUCGUUUACCGACGUCGUACAUUAUGCAUUUUUAUGUCUAAUCAUAAUAUGAGGAGUUUUAUCGAAAUCCAAUGAGCCGUUUAGGCGUAGUUCACAUAUACUCGCAACACGUGUAAUUUACGCAAUGUCCGUAUAUAGCUGUAAUUUGUAAAACAAUAGAGGAUACACUGAUUGACUAGUAAUUAACGGAUUUUAUAUAAAAUAAAAUAAUUAUAAAGCGUGUACAUGGCUGUAACUUAAAAGAUUUUCAAACAUACUAUAGUGAUGUAUCGAGCGAUUUAUUAUUGUGACCUCAAGUGACUAGUGAUAUUUAAUAGCAAUAUCAGUCCAGACAUAAUUAUCUGCUGAAUUUUGAAUAUAUAACAAUUAAGGUACUAGGGGUUUGCACAGUGCAGGGUUAUAAUAAUCAAAUAAUUAUACAAUUUGAUAUUAUAUCGAAGGAUGAGUCGAAUGCGUCAGCGGCUUGGCUACAGACAGUGUAUGUUAGAUAUAAAUGUUGCGUUAUACUUGAAAAUGUCUCAGUUACACGCGCAUCCGUCGCUGCACUGUGGGGACUCGUCCGUACGUCGAUGCGACGAGGGAGAUAUCGUGCCUUAGACAGUCGUUCAACAUUUAUGUAUUCGUCACUGGUAGCACACGACACGUUUACGAUUUUCCAACUUCCUCUCUAUAUUGUCUAUUUUACGUUCGGAAAUUUUUAAUAAACAAAUUCGCUAUCUCGCUUGAUAGCACGUUUCGUCGUUAUCAUGGACCUAUCAUAUUACAAUCUAUACAUUUCGACACAUUUAUGUAAGAAAUUGUUUUUAAUUUCUGUAUAUUUUUUUAUUUUCGUUUGAUCAGUAUUCUGUCUUGCAACUAAUCAAAAUCUCCGUGGACAUCAGUCUUGCCUUUACACCAUUAUUUAAUAGAAAUCUAAGAGUCAGUGUGAAGUUGUCAUUUAUUAUUGCGACUGUCAGUAUUUUAAAUAGUUAUCUUUAAUAUCAUUGCUUUGAUCGUAUGUUUUUUGGAAAUUAUUGUAAGUCUCAUCACGUGUGUGAACAAAUAUUCCAUUUAUAUGUCGUAUGUGCUAAUUUACCUACGUUUGUAUUUUUUUUUUCGCGCAUCUGUACGUUGGCGAACUUUAACUUAUGUCAAUUUGACGUUCAAAUGUCAAUUCGAAAGUCGCCAUGUUUAAUUAUUUGACAGUUAGUUGGCGCGAAAUGGAUUUAUUGCUGAAUAUAUUUUAUUACCAUUUUGCGUUGACUACGUUUGUAUAUGUUUUUUUUCUUUUACUAUGAGUUUAUAAGUAGUGGUUUCAAUGGUUAUUAAUUUUUGUUUAUCAGUUAUGUAGAUAAAUUAUUAUUUUUAAUAUAUUAAUUUUGACCAAUAAAAUGCAUCGAUGCUAAUCCAAUAUGUCAUUUAGCUAGGGAGAACUGUAAAGAUAACUGUAACUAUUUAAUUAAAAUAUAUAAGUUUUUCAGUA